AUGGGGCAGGACCAGAUGAAGGCGGAGUUGCUGCAAAUUGCACACAGAGCCUCAGACAAUGCCAGGACACUUCAAGAAGCGAUGGCCGAAGUGAGCAGCAAGGCACAGCCAGCGCCUGCAUCAGGAGCUCUGCCAGAAACUUCUGCAACCGCGGCGUUCCUCAACUCUGACUUGGGCAAAGGUCUUCCACAAAGCAAGCUGGACAUCUCCAAAGGCCUGUUCCAUUCGAGCGGUGGACUGCAGCACCUUGCGAAUCGCGGCCAGGGCCUGGACAACUCGUCAACUGCGAGCACUGGAUCGCCAGCAUCGGCUGCCUAUCCUGCCCGUGCAACUGGUGAUCUGGACAGCAUCCAGGAGAGGCUCCACGCCUUGAGGGGGCAUCUAUCAGAAAUGGCGAACCAGCGUCAACACGUCAAUGGCAGCUCCACGACGGCUUCCGAUUCGGCUGGCUAA